UUUGACUAAAAUUAAACCUUCCUUAACAACUGAAGGUACAUUGCCUACGACCCAUCCGUUUCUCCAGAGGAUGAUGCCAGCAAGGCAACUCUAAGUGAGAAGUAUUCAAAGAUGUUAAGUUAUAUGGAAGCUGUUGGCUUUACUAAUGAGGAAAUCACUAAUAUUUUAAAGUGUUUGGCAUCGGUCCUUCACAUUGGAAAUAUUUCAUUUGGUGCAAUAAGUCAGCAAUCAAACUCAGCAUUUGUCAAAGACCUGCAGCCUGUCCAUUGUGCUAGUUCUCUUCUUGGUGUGUCUGUGGAUGAAAUGGGAGAGGCCCUUGUCAAAGGAACAGCUUAUCAAAAAGGGGUGAAAGUUGUCAUUCAAAAGUCUGUUAAUCUGGCAGCCGAAGGGAGAGACAACCUGGCCAAAGCCCUGUACUCUCGGUUGUUUAGUUGGCUUGUGAUUAAGGUCAACAGUUGUUUGAAGGAAAGAGGUGAAGAACACAGGUAACUAAUUAUAAGAGAAUUAUGAAGGAAAAGAAUGAAGAACACAGGUAAAUAAGUUAAUUAUUGAUCACCCAGACAAUAAGGUAGUGCAGAAUAUUCUUAACUACAUCAUGGGAAGUCAAGUCAGUUUUUGUGAACAAGUCAUGAAAGGCCGCAAACUGGACACCCAGCGAUCAGAGCCAUAAACUAGGCACAUAAUGCGUGCACUUCGCUUAAUUUUGAGUCCUGAUCUGCAUAUAUCUUGUUUCUUUGAUGCUUGGUAAAUACAUUUUGUAAAUUGUUCAGUUCCAGAAAAUAUCCAUACUCCCCCCAUAGAAGGGAUUGGAAUUUC